GCACUUUGAGAUUCCUUCAGCGGCUGAAGCAACCCGCCUUUUCUCAGUCCCAGAUUUUAUAGGUGAUGCCUGUAAGACGUUGGCCUCACGCAUUCGGGGAGCUGUGGCUGCUGUCACCUUUGAUGAUUUCCAUAAGAACUCAAAUCGUCUGAUCUGUGCUGCCGUCUUUGGGUUUGAUGGAGAAGGGACCCUGCGUCACUCCUUGCGCUUCGCCCCAAAUGGCCUAGUCAUCAGCAGCGUUGACAUUCAAAGUGUGGAGCCGGUGGACCAACGGACACGGGACGCUCUUCAGCGCAGUGUGCAGCUCGCCAUUGAGAUCACCACCAACUCUCAGGAAGCUGCUGCUCGCCAUGAGGCAGAGAGGUUGGAACAAGAGGCUCGAAGUCGUCUUGAACGGCAGAAAAUCCUUGAUCAGGCUGAGGCAGAACGAGCCCGGAAGGAGCUCUUAGAGCUGGAAGCACUGAGCACGGCUGUGGAGAGCACAGGAGCUGCCAAGGCAGAGGCCCAGUCCCGAGCAGAGGCAGCCCGAAUUGAAGGAGAAGGAGCAGUUCUGCAGGCCAAGCUGAAGGCUCAAGCUACUGCCAUAGAGACAGAAUCAGAACUGCUGCGUCUUGCACAAGCCCGGGAACAGGAGCUGCGCUUCGCCAAAGAGCAAGCCAACUUGGACGUGACCCGGGCAGAAGCUCUGGCUGCUGUUGAAGUCAAGAAAUUUGAAGCUGUGAUCAAAUCCCUCGGACCCAGCACGAUCCGCGAUAUUGCAGUGGCUGGGCCAGAGAUGCAGGUCAAAAUACUCCAAGGUCUGGGAAUCCAGUCCACCCUCAUUACGGAUGGUUCUUCUCCUAUUAACCUCUUCACAGCUGCUGGAGGACUACUGGGGAUUCUUCCCAAGCCUUCGGAGACAUGAAAUGAAGGGGGAAAGAAGCACUCUAGAUGAAUGCUCUCUAUUAUUACUUAAUGAGUGCCUUACAAGAACAUGGCAGGGCACCAUGGGUUAUAUAAUAAUGUGCUUCUCCAAAAUGUAUGGAUCUUUUGAUGGGAGCAAAAGUAUAAAAUAAACCUCUUUUUCUGUUGCAUACCA